GUACGGACACUGGCCCGAACUAUGUCGCAACGUAGCGAAGCGAGUCUCGUCAAUUUUGUGCUCCUAAAGCGUGACGCGCAUGCCCAGAAAUAAAAAAAGAAUCGAGGUGCAGAAGGUGCAGCUUGGGCGGACGGAUCUCGACGUACAUACCUAGGCAUUUAAUGACACGCCACGUUGUGCGCGAGACUUUAGUUUAAACCCGUGUACGUUUUCCGCUGCUCUCGUCGCUGCUUGACGCAGCUUCGCAACGAGUACAAUUGAUAGUUACGCGUUAGCUUAGUAGCCUGCACGAGGUUUGCAUUGUCAUCGUCGGCGAGUAUGACUGACGAAAAUGAGGCAAUGGAGGAGGAGUACGAGCCCUCGAUCAGGAACGUGAUCGAGCAGCGUUCCCUGCGAUGGAUAUUCGUGGGCGGCAAAGGCGGAGUCGGGAAAACGACUUGCAGCUGUUCCCUGGCGAUACAGUUGUCCAAAGUCAGAGAGAGUGUACUUAUCAUAUCCACAGACCCGGCGCACAAUAUCUCUGAUGCAUUCGAUCAGAAAUUCAGCAAGGUACCUACGAAGGUAAAGGGCUUUGAUAAUUUGUUUGCGAUGGAAAUCGAUCCCAAUGUUGGCAUCACAGAAUUACCCGAGGAGUACUUCGACAACGAAGCAGUUUCAGGUGGAGAAGCGAUGAGAUUGAGCAAGAAUGUUAUGCAAGAGAUUGUUGGUGCAUUUCCUGGUAUAGAUGAAGCAAUGAGCUAUGCGGAAGUUAUGAAACUCGUAAAGGGAAUGAACUUUUCUGUUGUGGUUUUUGACACCGCGCCUACUGGGCAUACUCUGAGACUUCUGUCAUUUCCGCAAGUAGUCGAGAAGGGAUUAGGCAAAUUAAUGCGUUUGAAAAUGAAGAUCAGUCCCUUCAUCACACAGAUAAGUUCGCUGUUAGGAUUGACGGAUUUCAACGUGGAUACGUUCUCCAAUAAGAUGGAAGAGAUGCUCGCCGUCAUUCGGCAGGUCAAUGAACAGUUCAGAAAUCCCGAUCAGACGACUUUCGUGUGUGUCUGCAUCGCAGAAUUUUUGUCAUUGUACGAAACGGAACGACUUGUGCAAGAGUUAACAAAGUAUGGUAUUGAUACGCACAAUAUCAUAGUGAAUCAGCUGUUAUUCUUAAAGGACGGAGACGCUCCUUGUCGGCUUUGUCUUGCCAGGCAUAAAAUUCAAGAUAAAUAUCUAGAUCAGAUAAUGGAUCUGUAUGAAGAUUUCCAUGUAACACGGCUUCCUUUGCUGGAGAAAGAGGUGCGGGGAGUGCAACAGGUUAGAGAAUUUUCGGAAAAUCUCGUUAAACCGUACGAGCCUUAG